GAUGCUAAUGAAUAGGCCUGAGAGCUCAAAAAGGUUUGGAGUCAUUUAAAAAGUAAGCAAUGAUGUUGAGACACGAGCAACAGGACAAGAAAUUAUGAACCUUUCAACAUUCUCCAGCAAAAUCAUGGCAAAUACCAGUCAUACAACCACAAACAUCCAACAUCUCAAAGAUAACGUGGACCUAGAAAGAACAUCCCCUUCCACACUAAGCAACCAUAAGCCAUUGAUCAGAAUUGGUCCCAGAUCAAAUCUCCGAUAUGCGUCAGGCCCCAGCAGACUAUGUCUGCCAUACUUGGCAUUCUUCUAUUGCACCAGUCGAUGCAAGCUGCCAACACAUUGUAUGACUAAGCACCAGCAACCACUGGCCACUCCUGUGUCAACAGGUCUAUAUAAUCCUUGCAGAAGCCAUUCCUCUACCACCACUGCUUUCUCUUUUCAACUCUUCCGCCAUACCCAGUAACAAAGCAUCCUUCAACCAUGUUAGAAGGCAAAGCUGUUGUUGGCGAGACUGACAUGCUUCAAACCAUGCAGCAGGAUGCACUUCACUUAGCUGCGAAGGCCCUUGAUAUCUUUGAUGUUACCGAGUCCACUGAUAUUGCCCGCUUCAUAAAGAAGGACUUUGACAGGGUGCAUGGACCAGGAUGGCAAUGCAUUGUGGGGAUGGAUUUUGGUUCCUUUGUGACCCAUUACCAUGGCUGCUUCAUCCAUUUCUGCAUAGGAAACCUUGCAAUCUUGCUUUUCAAAGGUUUGGGAAGAGAAGCUGUAUCCAGCCCUGGAGAUUGUUGAUGCAUAAGCUUUGUAGUAUAUUUAGCUUCCAUAUUUUCAUAUUUGCUGUGUCAGUAAGGGAAACAGCAGUAGAAGAACAAAUACAAGUUUCAUGCAGUCCAUCUUUCUUCCUUUUAACCAUCCACAUCAUCCAGUUGUAUAAACUGUGUCCCAAUCCCUGCACGCCGUGGUUUGUCUUGUUAUUUAAACAAGAUCCUGUGAUGAUAAAGAAAUGCAAUAUCAACACAGCAAAGCUUCAAGAA